CUAUAAAAAAGAUGAAAGACGUAUCAAAUCUUGAUUUUCAAGUAGUUUACACACGACCCUGACAGAAGAAGUGAAAGAUGGAUCCAAUGCAGAGCUCUCUUGUGGAAAGCCAUCCGCCUCUAGAAACUGCUGGGUCCACCUCUGCUUAUGGCGCAGAUGGGUUCAAAACUACUACGCUACAAGUACGAAGCCUACCUCCUCAGAUGGUACCCAACCUGCAAGUGGGAACGUCUUCAGCCGCCAUUAGAGUCGCCAAUUUAGAAGUCAAUUCAGAGAGCAUCAUAUCAAAAUCAUCCAUAGCAACCGCACAAGUCUCACCAGGUUAUCAUAUCACUCCCACGACGAUGAAGAAAGUGUCACAUCUCGAGAGAAUUGCCGCACAAUUACAAGCUAAUAAAUUACCUAAAGUAACGGAAGUCAAAACAGAAGCUAUCACUACGAGUGGACUCACUACAACUAACUCAUUGCUGCAGAGAGGCUCAGAUGCGAGUCAACCAAAGUCUGUUGCCACGUACAACAAAAUGGUUGACGUGACGACGGUAUCGCCAGUAGCAACCAAUGCAGCCCAGGAGAGUAUACUAGGAAAAAGAAUAAGAAGACAAUCGUCGAAAUACGAAGACUAUGAACAACAUUCAAUAACAUCACCAAAAGUGCUGACCCCCGAGGUGGUUGGCAGGAAGAGCCUGGGAAGACAAACCAAUCAGCUUCAGUUUCUACUCAAGAGUGUUCUCCGAGUGUUAUGGAGACACCAGUAUGCCUGGCCAUUCCAUAAACCUGUAGACCCUGUUGCUCUUGGUUUACCAGAUUACUUCAAAGUCAUCAAACGGCCUAUGGAUAUGGGUAUUAUCAAGAACAAACUGGAGCAGAACUUAUACCACAGCGGCCAAGACUGCAUCAAUGAUUUCAGACUCGUGUUCAGUAAUUGCUACACAUAUAACAAGCCAACAGAUGUAAGAAUUGAUACUACUGAUAUCACCAUGAUGUGUCAAACUGUGGAGAGAAUUUUUGAGCAGAAACUCCCAAAUAUGCCCAAAGAGGAGGUGGAAAUCGCUGCCACUCCAAAGGGCAAAAAGGGAGGAAAACUUAUCAGAAAGUCUGAGUCUACCACACCCUCUGUGCCCACCCCCCCUCCGGCUCCAGUAGCUGUGCACAAAGCAACGGCAGCUGUCAGUCUAUCCACCCCUUCCGUGUCGACCACUGUCACGGCUCCUCAACAACUUCUCAAGGGUCGCCGUGGUGUCAAGAGGCAGGCGGACACGACCACUCCCUCCACUGGUCAGCCAAGUCCCAACGCAGUCCUUCCUCCUAUCCCCCUCGUACCCCAGCGUAGAGAGUCCACUAGACAGGUGAAGAGGCCUAAGAUGGACCUCCCUGGAGAGUCAACACAGUCACAGAGGAAGCAAAAACCACUCUCAGUACAGCUCCGGUUCUGCAGUACUUUACUCAAGGAGAUACUGUCAAAGAAACACGCGGGCUAUGCCUGGCCAUUCUACCAACCUGUGGAUGCCCAAUCCCUGGGGCUGGCUGACUAUCACACCAUCAUCAAGAAACCAAUGGACCUAGGAACAGUCAAGAAAAAUUUGGAAGAGCGAGUGUACAAGAAUGCCAAUGAAUUUGCAGCUGACAUCCGGCUCAUUUUCACCAACUGUUACAAGUACAACCCACCAGAGCAUGACGUCGUCAAAAUGGGCAGAUUAUUACAGGAAGUGUUUGAGUUGCGUUUUGCCAAGAUCCCAGAUGAGCCUCCUCCUCCGCCUAAAGAGAGCUCCUCUGAUGAUAGUGGGACAGAGGGAAGUGACGAGAGUUCAUCAGACGAAGAGGAAGACUCGGAGAGUGAGGACAAGAGAGCAGUGCAGCUGCGCUAUCUCGAGAAACAGGUUGAAGAUGUGUAUGAGCGUCUGGCUGCUUUGACUGGAGGAGGAGGAGGAAAAAAGAAGAAGAGGAAGUCCAUUGACCCCACUGACCCAAUAUUCACACCCUUGAACGCUGCAGCUGCUCUCUUGAAUAAGAAGAAGCCAAAGAAGAAAGCAUCCAAGAAUUCCGUGUCUUUGCCUCCUCAGAAGAAACAACCUAAGAACUACUCUAAACCAGCCACACCAAUGGCUGCUCCUAAGAAGGCUUUGUCCAAACCCCCUCCCAAGAAGCGCCCUCUGAGUGGCUACCCGAGCAGCGACGAUGAAACACGUCCCAUGACUUACGAUGAAAAGCGUCAACUAAGUCAGAACAUCAAUAAGCUGCCUGGCAAGAAACUAGGAGAUGUGGUCCACAUUAUACAGAUGAGAGAACCGGAACUAAAGGACAGCUCUCCUGACGAGAUUGAGAUUGACUUUGAGACUCUGAAACCCUCCACUCUUAGAGAGUUAGAGAAAUAUAUCAACUCCAUUCUCAAGAAGCAGAAGAGACCGUCCAUUCAAAAAUCCAAGAAUCCCGAGGCCUCGGCAGCUCGUAAGAAGGCAGAGCUUGAGAAGAGACUCGAGGAUGUCAGUGGAAAACUAGGCAACAAAACCAUCAAACACAAGACCAGUAAAAGUGGUGGUCUUGGCUCCGCCUCAUUGACAGUGACUGACAACAAAGCCUCACGCCUGAGCGCUAGUAGCAGUAGCAGCAGCUCUGAUGACUCAGACGAUGAGAGCAGCUCUUCUGGUAGUGGGUCCUCCACCAGUUCCAGUUCAGACUCGGAGCAAGAUACAUCACUUAACGUUGGAGGCACACAUAAGCCAGUAUCAACCAAUAAGGCCGCUCCUAUACCUGGAGGUCACCCUUCACCGACUAAUCCUGGACAACGACCAUCAGUGAUGCCCCCUCCAAAACAACCUGUACCAAAGCCAUCCGCUGCUUCUAUCCUCUCCACCCUCACCUCCACACCCACACCCACACACCCCACACUCCCACUCCCACUCCCACUCGCACCCGAGCCAGUGAAGCCCACCCUCCUUCCUAACAGCCCUGAACCAGAACUGCCCAGUCCCAGUGUGGCAGUGAAGAAGGUUCCCAUACCAUCGGCCAACUCCAGCUUCCAGCAUUUCAGGAGACAGGCCAUGGAGAAGAAAGAGCAGGAACGACUGGCAAGGGAACAAGAAGUGGCCAAGACACAGCAGAGGAAACAUGUGGAGGAAGAACACAAGAAAGCUAAAGAAAGAGAGAAGGUCGAAAUGUCUGAGCCGAGGUCAGAUGGUUCAUCUCCCGGAGGGGAGGGGGGCAAGGUUACCGACGGCGACGAAGAGGCACGUCUGAGGAGGGAGCGAAUGAGAGCAGAGCAGCGGAAGCAACGAGAGAAGAUGAAGCAGCAAGUGGACAUGACUCACCAGAUGGACAUCAUGAACCAGUUUGAAAUGGACACUCUAUCAUCAUAACCUUGUGACGUGUGUUUUGUGUGUGAGCAUGUUAUUAAACUGCAAUUUGUGUUUGUGGAGAACUUGCUCCAUAGCAACCGUACGUAUAGUCACUAUAGAAACCGAUUGCCAUGCAUUUAACCUUUUGUUCAGUUGAUUGCAAAUCUUGUUGUUUAUUAUAUGCUCUUGUGUGAUCACUGUUGGAAUAUUUAUAGGCAUAAUUAUAUUUAUUGAAUUUUUGUACAUAUAUAAUGUGAUUAAUCAACUUAUUUUAUAAUAACAGUAUUUAAUAUCAUAACACGUAUACGUUGAA